GUCAUAUGUUUGUUGUGUUCACAGAAUUUCAUGUGUUGUGGUAAUCCUUGCGUUUGGCAGAAGUAAAUAGCCAACAUGGCGUGUAUAGUUAAUAUGUUGGUUAGUUUAGUUUGAAAAAAAAAAAAAAGUUUACUUGUCGGCGGUUCGUGUUUUUGGUGUUUAAUGAGUUACUAACUUUUAUUUUGUAAAAGCAACAGCGCAGUGCAAAAGUUGAUAUGUGAUGUGUGUGUGUGAUGUGUCAGACUUAUCUACAAAAGAAAUGUAAAUUCUGAAGGUUCACUUUGUUGGAUAGGAAUAUGCCAACUAAAGCAUCCAAGAAAGUUGUUGGAAUGAUUAUAAGGAGCAGAAAAACAAUAAUGAAGGAUGGCGUGAUGACGACUUCAGGAAUUGGAGAGCCCAGCAUAUACCAUGCUCUUGUUGUCAUAUUUCUGGAAUUCUUUGCAUGGGGACUUUUGACUAUGCCCAUUAUUUCUGUUCUCAAUGAAACAUUUCCAGAUCACACAUUCCUUAUGAAUGGACUAAUUAUGGGAAUUAAGGGGUUUCUGUCUUUUCUAAGUGCACCAUUAAUAGGUGCACUGUCUGAUGUUUGGGGCCGGAAGUUUUUCCUACUAAUAACAGUAUUUUUUACCUGUGCACCAAUACCACUGAUGACUAUCAACACAUGGUGGUUUUUUGCCAUGAUCAGCAUAUCAGGGGUUUUUGCUGUAACAUUCUCAGUCGUGUUUGCCUAUGUUGCGGAUGUUACAGAAGAGCAUGAACGAAGUCUUGCUUAUGGCCUUGUUUCUGCAACAUUUGCAGCAAGUAUGGUUAUCAGCCCAGCAUUGGGAGCAUAUAUGAUGGAUGCCUACAGUGAAAAUUUAGUUGUUGCGUUGGCCACAGCAAUAGCUAUACUUGAUGUAUUUUUUAUUCUUGUGGCUGUUCCUGAAUCCCUUCCAGAAAAAGUCCGACCAUCAUCGUGGGGUGCACCUAUUUCUUGGGAACAAGCUGAUCCAUUUGCAGCGCUUCGUAAGGUUGGCAAGGACCACACCAUACUUAUGCUGUGUGUGACAGUGUUUUUAUCGUACUUACCUGAAGCUGGACAGUAUUCAUGCAUUUUUGUUUAUCUCAAAUUGGUGAUGGAUUUUAGUGUUGUAAUGGUCGCUGUCUUUAUUGCCACAGUGGGUAUACUGUCUGUUGGUGCGCAGAUAAUUUUAGGAUUCCUAAUGCGUUCUUUGGGCAGUAAGCACACAAUUAUUGUUGGUCUUGUGUUUGAAAUGUUGCAACUAAUGUGGUACGGAUUCGGCUCACAAACAUGGAUGAUGUGGGCCGCUGGGGUCCUGGCUUCAAUCUCUAGCAUCACAUAUCCUGCUAUUAGUGCCUUUGUAUCAAUGCAUUCUGAUGCAGACAAACAAGGGUUAGUACAAGGAAUGGUAACUGGAAUGAGAGGGCUCUGUAACGGCCUCGGACCUGCAAUGUUUGGUGUAAUAUUCUACCUCUUUCAUGUUGACUUAAAUGAAGAUCCUUCAAAAAUAAGAUCUGAACGUCCUAUUAAUUUGGGAGAUAAUGGUACCACAGGACAGAUGCACGAUUCUUUACAACCUUUGGUUCCUGGUCCACCAUUUGUUUUUGGUUCCUUUCUGGUGAUCUGUGCUUUGCUGGUAGCAGUUUUCAUUCCUGAAGGUAACUCUAUGGGUUCCAACCUACGAACUAAUUCACGGAGACAAUCUGGUCUCUCAAUGGAGGUGCAUUAUGAAGUAGAGCGUAGCAAAAAGCACGAUGGAGUGAGUCCUCUGUCACCACUUGUUGACAAUUCUGCCAUCCUGUAGCAUAAGUGAAAGAAAAAGAUGAUGGCUUUGGUGCAAGGACUAGUACUGUUUCUUUGAUUUUACAGAAGAUAAAUUGUUUGUCUGUUUCCAAACACAUAAAAUUUUGCUGUAUCACUAUCCUGUGUACAGUAUUCGUAUUGAAUACUACACUACAUGUUAAUUGUAAUUGUUUUCUGUCUUGUUUGUGUAAAAAUAAUGAAUACAUAUUGUGUUCAUUAUACCAAGGAAAUGUUUUAUGGCAAAUAACUGUUGUAAGAAAACUUUCAAGAACUGUUUAUUAGCCCUGACAUGGUGAGUCUACUUACAACAAAGUUGUUACGUGAAUUCUGUGGUUGGCACUGAGUGAAUUGGACUGACCGAUUGGCUCUCUAUACAAUAUAUGAGAAAUUUUCCUGCCUAUUGAAGAAAGUCAAAUCACUUUGAUCCAAGUGGAGUCAUGUGGUCUUUGCACCAAAGUGUUUUUUAAUGUGUAUUAAACAAAGUAGCUGGUGUGUAUGAAACUAUUUCUACUGUGGUGUACAUACUAAAAGUUAGGUGUAAUAUUUCACAAAAAAAGUGAAAAUUUCAGGUUUUGUGUUGGGACUUGCACAGAAAGUAAAAAUGGAUGAUAUUGUAUGUAAUAUGUUCUGAGCACAGUAUUGUGUAGUACAAAAUGAUGUUUGAGCAGAAAUUCAGAGUGGUUUUAAUGAUCCCUGUACUUCUUUUUCUUUGUUUGUUGUUGUUGUUGUUGAAGUUGUUGUUGUUGCGGCUGUUGUUAUUACUGUUGUUGUUGGCUUUAGUCCAAUUUAAAAAAAAAAUGUUAUUUACAGUCUGUCUGAACCUGUUGUUACUGUGAAAGUACUUACCUCCUCAUUUGCCCUCUAGAGAGGAGAACUGAAGUUACUGAUUGCAACCCACAGAACAGAUAUAAUGUGCAGUUCAGGUGGCAGGUUCUAUAUACAACAUUUAAAUACUGUUAAUAGUUUGGUGUGUUUGUUUCAGGUAUGAAAGAAAUGUCAGACAAGUGUGCACAACAGUAAAUGCUAAUAGUCAUUCAGUAUUUAAAUGAUAUGAGAGUGGUGAUGUGUAGGUGGAUGUCCCUAAAUUAGAUGAGUUUAGUUUGCGAUAAUACUACCACCAAAGCUGUUAUUGUACUUACUGCAGUAUAUUUAUCUUAUUUGUUGUGUUAGAAGAGGACUCUUCCAUUGUACGUACAAGAAAAUGAUAAAGUAGUGAGCGAUAUCACAAGAUGUGUCUAUGUAGUAAAAUUGUAGUUAAAAAGCUGCAGUGAUUUGAAAAGAAUGGGAAUUUGAUGGAAUGAAACUGGGAGAAAAAGAGCAUUUAGUAUCUCAGAUUGGGCUUUAAUCCAGGUAUAAUAAGAAACAAAUCAUUUUGAGACUGAUUUACUAGUUUUAUAAUUGAUUGUAUUAUACGUUACCGAUUUCAGUAAAACGUAUUGUAAGACGAUUUUACAUAUGAAGACACUGUGGUAUUGAUUGCAUUUAUUGUUCAGUAAGGAAAUAAAAAUUGGCAUCCUGGGAAUAAAUAACUGCCUAAUAUUUCUUUGCACUAAUUUUUCUUAAUGUGGCAUGAUGUGCUCAUUUGUUUAGCAUCGUGUUUCCACCAACCAUCUAAUUACUUUCUGUGUUUUAAAUAUUAGUUGUAGGCAUUGUUUGCAUAAAAUUAUGUAAUGCAAGGUUUGUCAACAGUCUAAGACUUGACACAGUUCAGGAGCAUUAUACUUAGGAGGAAGCACAUAAUAGCACUUCAGUGUGGCAUCCAUUUAUAAUAAGGUGUUAAUAUGCUAGACAUUGUAUUCUGUCAGCCAUAUCUUACAAGGAGUCCUCUGUUCUAAAAUCAUCUUCACUUUUAUUCAAGUUAAUUAUUUGUACCUAUAAGCAACCUGGAAAUAAACAAGGAGUUGGCAGUAGCCUAAAAUGUAAAAAGAGGUAGGUUCUACUGUUAUUGCACACCCAUCACUUUAUUGUAACUCUGUUGUGGAAUAUAAUUGAUACAGUGUAAGUACAAAAAGUAAGCACCAAUAGAAGAAAGAAAAAUGUCAUAUUAAGGAAAAUACAUUUUAUGUGUUAUAUGUGGAAAUUUUCUUUUCUGUGUUAGCACUUACUGUUACAGUGUAUCAGUUGUAAGUCUCUAAGAAACAGUGUUUGUGAGCAACUAAAGUGACAUGAUACUGAUGAAAUGUUGAAUCAAAAAUAUCUUCAGCCAUCUAUGUUUCCAAUUUUAUUUUAUUUUUACUAUCAGUGUUGGCGUUACACUGAACGAUGUGUAGGAAGACUCCUACCUCUUGUACAAACAAAAUAGGGGCCAUAAUACACUCACUGGUAUCCAUAGACUUCUUUUUAACAAAGUGAUCCCUUUGAUCACCACUCCCAAAUUCAUGUUGCCUGGCCUGUAUUUCAACUGUACAAUCGAUGGGAUACUUCUACAUGUUGGUCAGGGGGCCUGAAGAUGGCAUAGUGUAAUGCUGAAAGUGGUAGCAAAAAUAAAAUAAAAUUGGAAAUGUAGACAGCAGAAGAUGUUUUUGAUUUGACAUUUUAUAUUGAACAGCUGAGGUUGCGCAACUAUCCUGUAUAAAGAUGAAUUUAUAGAGACGUAAUACUGAUCAGUCUCAGUGUUAUGUGCACACACUUUAUUUUAGCCAUCCAACAUUUUGGUCUCUGUGUGCAAAGUGUGCUUUUGUUCUCAUACUACUUAAUGUCAACUAGAAGGACAACUUUCAUUGUUUCAUCUGGUAAACAGUGGAAAUGCUAUCCAUAGAAGAUUCUAAACCUGAAUCAAUAUAAAAUUUUGUAACUGUAACUUUGUCCCGUUUUCAAUUUUUUAUGCCUUUCUUUCAAGAUAUAGAAAUGACUAUAACAGUCAGUCGACUUUUUGCACAUAUUCAUUGAAUAUGAUUUUUGUUAAAAUUGCGAUCAUAAGCAAAACAGUCAAUUGAUAUUCUAAUAGAAAUAUCAAAAUGUAAAGAUUGAAACUGGUGCAUUUAUGUAGCUGAAACUCAAUCAGUAUUUCGUGAAGCCACCAUGUGCUUUAGCACAUUGUAAUGGUACAUCAGAAAAACAUUGUGUGUAGUCAUUAAGUACUUAUCUCCCAGGGUGCUUCACUGGUAAUGACUAUUGCAAGAUAUACAUUGAUAAUGCUAUGUAACCAUAUUUGUUCAAGAAGGCAUAUAAUGCAUCAUUGAUUUUAUUCAACUCUGUGUGAAUGUCUUUAAUGGCUUCUCAAGGGACAGAUAGUGUGCCAGCAGUGCAGAUACUGUGUUAUGGAACCUUACUUAUUUACUUCUAUCGGUAUGUCAAAUUGCAAUUAAUUCAGUGAUCUUCUGCCGAUUCCUUUAUGAUCAUGCAUCUUUUCUACAAAUAUAUAAUUCUAAAAGUUUUCCAGUAAUGAACACGAAUGACUCCAUAUUAUUGUGUUAUUAAAUGCUCCUCCCACAUAUUCAGAUUUACAUGUAGGAAGACAAUGAUGUUGAGCAUAUUCCGUACUUAUAGAACAUGUAUUAAGAAUUGAGAGUUCUGUUUUUUUUUUUUUUUUUUUUUUUUUUUUGCCCCCCCAAGCAUUUUUGUCCCAUAUUCAAGCGUCUCUUAAAGUUCUGAACAUCUGCUUUUCACCAUGUGUAGAUCAACUGACAUAUUUAGAUUUGUAAUCCUAUUUUCAUUUCUGAACUCCAUCACACUUGUGAAACUGUUAACCUGGUAUCAUGUUGUAAUGAAGGGGGAAAUAAUCUUAUUUGCAGUACAGAAACAUGCUCACUUCUGCUACAUGUUCUUUUGAUCUCAUUCUGGACUACCAAGCGAGGUGGCGCAGUGGUUAGCACAGUGGACUCGCAUUCGGGAGGACGUCGGUUCAGUCCCGCGUCCAGCCAUCCUUAUUUAAGUUUUCCAUGAUUUCCCUAAAUUGCUCUAGGCAAGUGCUGGGGUGGUUCCUUUGAAAGGGCAUGGUCGACUUCCUUCCCUGUCCUUCUCUAAUCCGAGGGGACCGAUGACCUCACUGUUUGGUCUCUUCCCCCAAACAACCACAUCCCAACCGUUCUGGACUGACAUAGUACUGUUUUAUGUCUCCCCCAGAUAUACUCUAAAGCAUUUAGAUGCACUUUAUUUUUAUGCUGCUUGAUAACGAAUUUCUAGCAAAUUAUUAAUGGCUUAUUGCCCCCCUCCCCCAAAGCAGUAUUUCCGUUGUGCAUAAAGCACAGUAUGUGGCACAUACUAUUAUUCGAAAGUAGCUUAUAGUGUUAUAUUUUUCCCAUUGUUUAUCGUGCUUACAGCUUGAGUUAAUCACAUAUUUCUGAUGAUUUAUUCUCAAUUUCAAGCAGAAUACUGACUUGGGUGCCAUUUUUAGAACAUAAUUUGUUUUGCAGUGUAUGUGACAGUGAAGAUAUGACAUAAACCAAAGUAUACAGAAUAUUAAAUAUAGUGUAAGACUUUCCUGGCAGUAAAAAGUGAUGGACUGUGUCAUUUUACUUGACCAAAAAUUGUGUCACAGAGCAAUUCUUUCGAAGCAGUGUUGCAUAAGUAUUUAGUAUUUGGCUGUGAAUUUCUUCAUUUAUAACUUAUAUUGGUUAAAAUUUCAUUCUACAUUUUAUUUUUAUUUUCAUGAAUGUAAAAUGCAGAUACCUAUGAACAGUGUUAACCUACCAAACAUGAAAUACGUGAUUCUCUCUCUCUCUCUCUCUCUCUCUCUCUCUCUCUCUCUCUCUCUCUCUCUCUCUCUCUCUUUCUUUCUCUCUUUCCCCCUCCCUCCCUCUAUCCACACUUUUACUUUCACUUGUUUAUGUUUUGGACCUUAAAACAUUUACUUUAUGCUGGAGAAAUUGCUUCCUUGUUUAAAUCCUUAUACGGACUUAUAACAGCUGAGUCAGUAAUGGAAAACAUUAAUGAAGCAGUGCCUUUACAAUUUCAAGAUAAAUAAUAGUGGGCAUUCUGUCCUGAAUGGGAGUGAUAAAUAAAUAAUAUCAGAUUCAACAGUGCCUGGCAUUAGAAAACGAAGAUGUCACGAAAACAUUUUCUGUCUAGAGUAAGCUGAAUUCAUUCUGUCCUGAAUGGGAGUGAUAAAUAAAUAAUAUCAGAUUCAACAGUGCCUGGCAUUAGAAAACGAAGAUGUCACGAAAACAUUUUCUGUCUAGAGUAAGCUGAAUUUAUUAUAAUAUUAUGUGUUGACAAUGAAUGACAUUGAAAUCAUAAUCUGAUCUGCUUUCAUACAAUACUUUUUGCAUGUAACAACUUCAGUAUGUGAGAUGCAAAUUAAUAAGGGUGUACUACAGGUUGAUGCUUGAGCAAGCACACAGUAUUUUCCUUCAGUAUAGUCAGUGAUUCUGUCAAGUCUUAUUGGAAACUGUGUUGCCAUUUUAUGAUUGUGCAAACGAGUGCUCUGUCUAAGUGGUCAUGAAUGAGAUUGGAAAUGUGUUUUGUUAGCUAAAACUAUCUUAAAACAGCAGAGUUUUGUGAGGAUUUAUUGUUAUAGUAAAGUUCACAUGUGCUUGAAUGGUGUUUAGGAAGUCGAGGAAUAUCAUGUGUUUGAAGGUAUGUUUUUGAGGGCAAGUCAUGUUUGCCAGCUAUGCUCUGAAGAUAAAUACAAGUUAAAGAGUUAGGUACAAUGUUUUUGUUUACUCUUCAGAUCUACCUCUGCAGGUUGAAAUCUUUUAGUUUUACAUAUAUUCAACAAGUAAAAUUACUUUCAUUGCAUUAAAAAUAAUAAUAAUCUGCUAAAAUUUGUGAAAGGUUUUGUUUGUGUUUCCAGUUUCAAUCUCAAGCUCACAAAUAUGACAUUCAUCAAAACAAGAAUUAACCUAAGCAUUUCGUCAUAUGCAUUUGAUAAUUUUUUUUGCAGCUAGAAAAAUCAGUCUCAGUUUUGCUUUUAGAAUUCAGUAGUAAAGAAAAAUUUAUAACUGGCAACAAAUAGUAGUAAAGGGCAACUGCACUACAAAUUGUGGUGAAGAUAGAAUAUCUGUGCAAAAAUAACAUGAGAUAGUAGACAUGAUUGAAGCUCACAGUGAUUUUUAAAAUCCUGAGAAUAUGUAGACCAAAGAAAUGGAGAGAGAACAGACAAAAGGUAGUGUAAAGUAAGAAUAAUGUGUUACAUAAGAGGGUACCUUCAUAAUAAUUUUUAAUAAUAAGGAAAACAUAAUUUUGUUACUUCUGUCUUGACUUAGACUAAUUCAGCACCAAUUCUUCUGUUGGAAACUUUGCCUCAGCUCUGCUAAAGUUACAUUGACAGCAGGACAACAUAUGUUAAAUCUACAAUAAUUAGACAUGAUUUUUAAAACCAAAGUUAUCCUUUGGUCUAGAAGAUGUAUGCAGCUAGUAGAGCCAUCAAUGUUCAGUUCAUAAUUUGCCACACACGAAAGUUCAACUUGCGGGUUUCGUUGCGUUCAACGGCCUGUAUAGUUAGUAUUUACAGUGUGUCAAUGAGUUAAAUGGAUGUGAAAUUUGCAAGCUACUGGAGGAAAUCAACUUUACAGCCAUAUUUAUCAAACAGUAAUGUAUACAGUUCAAGCAUAGUGGGAAUAGCUUUGUUGUUUCUUUCUGUUUAGUGUUGAUAAUCUUUUGGUCAUUGUAAGAAAAUUUAGUUAGGUAUGCAGUUUAAGAUACAUUUGUUUAUGCAUUAAGUAUGAAACCAGAGUAUGAGUUUUCUUUUGUCCAGUUAUCCAGUUUUAUUCUGUGAUAAAGUUCUUGUGAAUAUAACAUUUUUAUUUCAGAACAAUAAGUAAUGUAUGCAAAGGGUAAGAUUUAAGAUGUGCAGUUGAGCUAAGGAAGUAGAAAUGUAACAUAUUUUGGCCUAAAUGUCAGUCAUCCUCAUUUCAAGAUAAUUUGUUAUUCACAUCGGCAUAUUAUGGAAACAUUUCCCUCUGUAGUUUCAAUAAUUUUUGAUGGACUAGAGAAGCAUGCAUAUUUUUGAGUUCAUUAACUUAAAAUACCACAGAGUUUUGGCACUGCAUAAAAAUGUUGGUGCACUGUUUCACUUAUGAGUGUGAAACACCCCUUUUGGUAACACUAAAUAAGAUGUAUAAAAUGACCUAAUUUGAUUAUCCAAGUGUAGAUGAGCCAUAUUCAGAGUGAUGUUACAUAUUUCCGCUGGCAAUAGCAAAAUCACGUAGGAAACUAUUAAAAUGAUCUCUAAUGUUCCAUAAUAGAGGAAAAAAUUAGCUGCAGGUAGCAGUAGUGAUUUUAAACAAUAAAUAUCAGAUUCUACAUUUGUAUACUUAAUUGAAUGUUUUGCAAAUCAUAAGAAAUCAUCAUUUUUCAUUCAUUUAAAUAAGGAAUGAUAAAUAGUUCAUGACUAGCUGUUUUCUUUUAUUAGUGUUGUUUGACAUUAUAGUAUUAUUUUGUUUUGAUCUCUUUUUGUUGCAGUUGGUAACAAAAAUUAUUUUAAUGUUGAAGUAAAUGUAUAGUAUUCUAUUUACAUAGCUAAAUUUGCAGCCUCUAAACAGAACUUGUUUUUUAAUUUGUUCGUGAUCUCUUCGAAGCCCAAAUUUUUCGUGAGAUAGUUAUUUAGUGAGACCACUUUGAAAUAAAACUUUAGUAUUGGAGAACGUGUAUAAUUUGGACAUGGCCAAUGUAAGACAUUUUCUUGUGUUGUAAUUUUAACAUCACAAAACUGGUCAACUCCUUUUGGAGUGUAAAAUGCAAAAUUAAAUACUGUAAUUUUUUCUUAAACUAUCAAGCUUAAACAGAUUAGAGAAGAAGGAUAUGAGUGAGAAGUAGAGGAAAUUACUUGCUGGAACCUUUCCCUCUUUUUAUUGUUACCCAUCCUUACUUACUCCUCUGCCCAAUUUUUAUUUCAUUUUUGUAUUACUUUUGGUUAUUACUUUUCUUUAAAUGACUUACAAGUAUUUAUAUUAUGGCUUCUGACUUUAAAUACUGUGCUGUAUUUAUUGUUAAAUUUUUAAAGAACUGGUGUUGUGUGUGCUCUUCUUUCAUUAAAAUUUUAGUGUUUUGCUUUUCUUUGAGAAUAUGUCUUUGGUGAUAGUUUACUAGUAAAGUUUCUUAUCAAAUUAUGUUUAUUUCUUGCCAGAAUACAUAGCACGAAAAAUGUGGUAUUAAGCUUCUCUUAAGGCAUUCUUGUGUAUCUCGUUUGGGCUUCCACAGAUCAGGCAGUAAAUUUGUGUGUUGCCAGUUUGCCUUCACUCAUUUUCGCAUUGAUCUUAAUAUGACAGUAUUGUUACAGCCAGCUUAACCAUAUGAGUUGAUGUUUACAUUCAAAUACAGAAUUGCUUACUAUUGAUGUAAAUGGACAUGUUUCAACUGUUUUUAGUAUUUUAACUGUGUGAUAUUUUUGUUAACUUUGUUUCUGUAGGUAUGCUUUUUCAGUAUUAUAUCAUGUUCACCUGUUUUGCACAUUGAAUAUCUGUAACAAGACAGUAGCAGAAUAAGGUGAUGCACAGUGUGGUGUUUCAUAAGUGGAAUUAGGCGUGGGAUCUUUCCAUCAGAUGGAGUUACACGUUCAAAGUAUGUGUACAGUCUGACUGUUAUACAGAAUUGUCAUCCUGUGUAACAAGUAGUAUUUGGUAACUAAACUUUAUGACUGUUGCAGAGAAAGUAAAUUGACCUAUUUUUAUGACAGUACCAGUAUUAAUGUUGUGAUUGUAUCUGAUACAUUAUUGUCAUGGUUGUGGCUCCAAUUUUAUUUUAAAAGAUAUUGAAACAGAGAGGCAAUAUGUGUAAAUAAUAUAAUGUGUGCUUAAUAUAAUGGUAAAUAGCAUUUAUGAGUGACUGCUUUUUCAUAAACAUCUGCAUUUCUAUUGCAUAAUAAUCACCAAUUUUUAAAUCCAAGGAGCAGUCAUUUUUAGUUCAGUAUACUGAAGUGUCUUCCUCAAUGUAUCAGAUUAGUCAUUGAGUGCAAUUAUUAACUCAAAUUAUAUGUAAUCAAAAUAGGUAUCACAGGAUUCUCAAAUAAAUGACAAGCCUUUUAUUUUCA